AUGGCACAAACAUGCGGCGUACACCCUAUGACAAUAGCCGGUCGCGUGGCUAUAGAAAGGGAGAGAUGUAUCGGAAUGAGCAGUGCCGAGAGAGAGUGGAGAAAGCAAUGGUUGCAGGACCAAGUCCUCUCCAAGAACGAACCGGUAUACGUGGAAGAGUACUGGAGAGAACGGAUAAACCCUAUACGCAGGAUUUACCGCGCGCCCUUAAAUAUAAUAUUUCGCCUUCUGAAACCUGUCCUAGGAGAAGGUCGAGCGGCAGAUUAUAGGUACAUAACUGGAAAAAUAUUCUUGCUGUCUUUUGGUGUGCUGGCGACACAUUACUAUUUUAAAUACGGAGGAAAUGACUGGACUAAGAAAGGAGGUUGGCGGGUCCUGAAAUCUAAGCCCAUGGUGCUACCAGGACAGCCAGGGUUUCCGUUUAAAACUAAUUAUGCUCCGUCUGAUUACGCUGAUAGAGGAUUUAAAUGCUCUGGUUUUGCUAAAUAG